AUUUAGCAAUACUUUCUUGGGGGUACCGUUCGAAAUUUACCCCACAUUUUUCUUUAAACGGAGAAUCUAUCUGCCCUAGCUGCCCAAACCAAAACCCUAGCGGCUUCCUUCUUCUUAUUUCUUCUUCGUCCUCCUCCAUCCUUACCAGAACUCGCAGGCCGCCAUGGGUCGCGUCCGCACCAAGACGGUGAAGAAGUCCUCCCGUCAAGUGAUCGAGCGCUAUUACUCGCGCUUCACCCUCGAUUUCCACACCAACAAGAAGGUUCUGGAAGAGGUGGCCAUCAUCCCGUCGAAGCGCCUCCGCAACAAGAUCGCCGGAUUCUCGACCCAUCUCAUGAAGCGGAUCCAGAAGGGGCCCGUUCGAGGCAUCUCGCUCAAGCUCCAGGAAGAGGAGAGGGAGCGCCGCAUGGACUUCGUCCCCGAACAGUCCGCCAUCAACACCGACUUCAUCGAGGUCGACAAGGACACCAUUGAUCUGCUCACUAUGUUGGGCAUAGCCAAUCUACCAGGAGUGGUGCAGAAGGUGGAGGAGACCGCUCCUGCUCCCGCCGUCCCUGCAGUUACCGGCGGCCGUGGUGGAUUUGGCGGCGGCCGUGGUGGAUUUGGCGGUGACCGGUACUGAAAUUUGAAUCGUUCUAGUCGAAAUGCUCUUUUAAUUUUGGUACUUCUUGAAAGAUUUGAUCUUUUUACAUUUUGCUUGUUUGCUUCUCUCUUAUAAAUAUUUUAUCUGGUUUUGAGAUUAUUAGCAUUUCACUAUUUCUCUACAUUUCUUUGCUUGAUUGAAUAGGGGUAAUACUAGAAAUUUUAAUUUCAUGAAAUAGCAAAAGUGUGUUCAUUUGUUCAAUAAAAAUCUACUACCUCU